AUGCGCCGAGUUGUCGUUACUGGCCUGGGUGCUGUCACUCCGCUUGGGGUUGGAAUACGACAUAUAUGGAAAAAGUUGCUAGAUGGGCAUAGCGGGAUUAUAUCUAUAAAAGAUAGAGACCCAAAAAUUGCUGAGCUACCGUGUCAGAUUGCAGGAGUUGUUCCAAGAGGCCCAAAGGCAGAAGGCUGUUGGGAUGCGUCCGAAUGGGUGACUCGUGAUGAACAACGGAAAAUUGCUUUAUUUUCUCAGUAUGCGUUGGCCGCUACCCAAGAAGCUCUUGAAGAUGCAAAUUGGAUGCCUACAACAGAGGAAUCUAGGAAUAUGACUGGGGUGUGUUUAGGUUCGGGAAUUGGAAACUUUGACGAAGCAUUUAACACAUCUUUAGCAUAUGCUACUGGAGGAUAUCGAAAAGUGUCACCACUUUUUGUCCCUAAGCUUCUUAUCAAUUUAGGAGCCGGGCAUAUAUCUAUGAAAUAUGGGUUCAUGGGGCCCAAUCAUUCAGUCUCAACAGCGUGUACGACAGGGGCACAUUCUAUUGGCGAUGCUUCCCGUUUCAUUGCACACGGAGACGCCAAUGUCAUGAUUGCAGGAGGAGCCGAAUCAUGUAUACACCCCCUUGCCAUUGGAGGCUUUGCACGGUGUCGAAGUCUUGCUACUGGUUUCAACAACACUCCAGAAAAGGCAUCCCGGCCAUUUGACAAAGACAGGCAAGGGUUUGUUGUCGGAGAGGGAGCCGCCGUUGUUAUCCUUGAGGAACUUGAACAUGCCCUGUCUCGAAACGCCCGUAUCUAUGCAGAACUUAAAGGGUAUGGGUGUUCAGCCGACGCAUACCACAUCACGGCGCCGCAUGAGAACGGUAAAGGGGCUUUCUCCGCGAUGAAACGUGCGCUAAAAAAUGCCGGGGUGGCCCCUAGCAAGAUAGAUUACAUCAACGCUCACGGCACAUCAACUCCAAUUGGGGAUGCAGCUGAAAACACAGCAGUUAAAUCCUUGUUUCUCGGGCCUGAAGGUAAAGCGAAGGCAUCUGACAUUAACAUAAGCAGCACAAAGGGUGCCAUUGGACAUCUACUGGGUGGUGCAGGUGCAAUUGAGGCUGCUUUCUCCGUUCUAGCUAUUGAUAAGGGUAUCAUGCCACCUACAAUCAACCUUGAGAACGUGACUGAAGAAUUUGACUGCAAUUAUGUCCCAAAUUUCGCACAAGAGAAGAAAAUUGAGGUUGCACUUACCAAUAGUUUUGGGUUUGGUGGAACCAACAGCAGCCUUUGCUUUGCUAAAUACUAA